UAGGAAACACAAGGAAAGUUUGUUUGAAAGUGUUCGUAACAUAUCGUACAUAUGCUAGUAUAUCGGGGACUGUUGGUCGCAGAUCGGAAGGGAAUGUAUCGCUGAACGCCUUUACGAUGAGCUGCAUGAGCUCCGUUGCAUUUCUCUUGUCAGCUCGCAGUGGAGCCCUGAGACCACUGUUGGGCCAGCUCCAACAUGGAUCGGCGGUGGGCGCAGUGCGUUUCCGUCGGCAACGUGUGCUCUUUCCUAAACUAGCACGCCAGGACCAGCCAGAGCAUCAGCAACAGCAUCAGGAACCAGAACACCACCAACAUCAUCAGGAACCAGAGCAUCACCAACAGCAUCAGGAACCAGAACACCUGCUGCAGCAGCAGCAGGAGCCACAGCACCAAGAACAACAGCAGCUGGAGCAACCGUGGCAAGAGCAGCAUCAGCAAGAGCAGCAGUACGAGCCAGAGCCUGUGAGAUAUCAGAUUGGCAGCUCGGCGACGGCUAGCAGCGCCGAAGUUGCAGCUGUGCGGGAAAAGCGCGAUGCAUUCAAAACCGCGCUUGAGACAACGUCGGACUGGAAAGGCGUGUGGGCACUGUACUCGCGCUUGAGUCGCUCGGGCAUCCGGAAACACCAGCGCACAUUGGACUUGUGCCAUAGCAAGCUCCUGCGCCGGCUGGACUCGUCAUUACGAGCUGAUGAUGUUAAGUCUGGUGAUAUGGUUAGUGUAUUAUCCAGUAAAGAGUUCCUCAAGCUCGACCGCUCCGUAGAUAUGGAAAUAAUUGUGUACGAAGCAAUGGCGGAUCGAGUUAACCGGGCCGACGUAGCCGAUAUCUGCUACACGUUGCGCAAACUAGGUCCACUUGUGAACAGCGCCAAUCAGGCGGUGCACACGAGUGCUCACCAGUGCAUGCUGGUCUAUCUUCAGAAGCUGAACACCGUCCGGCACCUUGCCUCGCCGAAUGACGUCGUGUCCGCGGCGUACGGCUGCUAUAAAGGCAAUGUUCAGUUUGGUGCCAUAAUGACAUACACAAACAUGGCGUGCCUAUCCCAUAUGAGCCAGCUCGACGUUCGCGCAAUGCAGUGGCUGUGCACUAUGGCGGUUGAUGGCUUUGAGCAGUGGUCCAGCUGGAAGAAAGACUCGGCGGGUGGCAAGGAGUUGAUCCGUGCCCUGCUGCAGGAGUUACAGUCUCGCGGCGAUUCUGUCCCGGUCAGCCCGCUUGUGAACAUGCUCGCCAAGAUGAUGUCUAUUGAGGAAACAUUUGACGAAGAUAUCUUGAAGAAGUUUGACACGAUGCUGAGUGUUCGUGGCCUGGAUGUUGGUGUACGAACGAUCUAUAAUUUAGCAAUACUCUUCUCGCGAUCCAAUUAUGUUGGCUUCAAGUUUGACUUUGUGCAACGCCUGAGUAGCCUGCACAGUCAGCUGCAGCCACCUAUGUUUCACAGCAUCAUCGCCUUCCUGUACCGUUCUAAGAGAAUUUCAGACCGAGCUCUGUGUGAUGCCCUGGUGCACAUCACGUACUCGCUGUCGCAAUACUCCGUCGAUGACAUGGGCUCUCUCGGCCAGCUGCUCUCUACGCCUGUGCUGUGUGAACGGCCCGAAGUUGCCGCACUUGCCAUUGAGCUGGCCGCAGAGGUAGAGCGCAGGCCGCUCCUGACUGGCACGGGGUGUGUGCCUUUGCUUGCAUUCCUGACUCGGUACAGCCACCUGGAGCCACGCAAGCUCGUCAAGCUUGCCAGGGAAGCAUGCGAUGCAGCGCCAGAAGCAUCCCUUGCUGAAUGCAGCCAGCUGCUUUACACGCUAGCCAAUGCGCAUACAGCCUACCGUGCCGAGGCGAAGCAGUCUGGCGACAAGAAGAAGAAGACUACUGCCAAGGAGGAGCUGAAACAUGCUGUGGAUCCUCGCCGCCGGCUGAAACGCAUGGUGACGCAGAUGCUGCCCAAGACGUCCUUCAACGCUGCUCUCAUGAACGACAUUCAUGCUCACCGUCUUGCCAUGGGCUCCGCCACGCUAGGUAUCUACUGGACCAGCAUGCUGGAUGCCGUUGGUAAGUUUGUCAUAAUGAAUUGGUUGGACCUGCUGACGAACAAUCCACAUCGUACAAUAGAAACCCUGACCGCAUUGUCCGAGUUGAACUACGGCGUACCUCGACUCUACCAGCAGGUCAGUAAGCAUCUUACCAAUACUUGCACACCGCUGCAGGGGAAUCGGUCCAGCGUUUCGGCGACGCGUGAAGUCGAGUACCCGGAGCUCUACUACAAGAUCCAGCCGACGAGCCAGUGGAUGAUCGACGUUGUGUGGGCGUGUGCGGUGCAAGGUGUGAUACCGCAGCCGGCUGUCCAGGCGUUGUGCCAGAUAACACCAGAACAGGUCCGAAAUCUUCCCCAAAAGAGAGUUAUGUACCUAUUUCAGCUGUACGCUUUGGCCAAGCAAAAACAAGUGGAGGAUGGAACGGUUACGUUUGAUAUGCCGCGCAAGACUUUGGACGCGGUGCAGUCGUGCACCGCUCAUACUUCGCUCAGCUCCGCGGAGAAGCAGUUUUCCAAGGAGAUGGGCGAGCACCUUGGCAUGCACGGUGUGAGAAUGGCUCGGACUGGCGACGGCUGCUCUGCGGCGAAUGCCAUGCUGCUUCGCGACGGACGCAUGGUCAAGUGGAUUCCCACGCUGGAGCAGAAGCUCAAGAUAUCGGCGAAAGAGCUGAACCGCGUUGGCUUCACGCCGGUGGCGGUUCUCGUGGACACGCCCGCCGACCGUGUGUUCAGAUCCAAGCGUCGUCUUGCAGUGUCCACCAUGCAAGUUCGCGCUCUAUGCGCGCUUGGCUGGAAGGUCAUACAGGUUCCACAUGAUGAGUGGGCGGAUUGCAAUGACAAAACCGAACGCAGUCGCCUCCUUGACUCAUUGCCGGUCCAGGAUGGCUCUGAAGCGUUGGAAACCAGCCGCGGCAUUCAGUACGACCUGAAGGGGGAGAUUAUCCCAGAUAUCGUUGAGGACCAGGAUGAUGAGGACUAUGAGCUGGACGAUGAAGGCGAUAAGCAGUAGUGGACCUGCCACGUCUCGGUGCAUGUCCAUACACACGUUUCUACGAAUGUGUGUGUGUGUGUGUCCGCGCGUGUGUGUGGGGGGGGGGGCAUGCAUGCUGGUUUGCCUUGUAGUUUGUAAGGCGUGUAGCCGUCAGUUGAAGUGCAGGUCGCUCUAACUCAUAGCUAGAUUGUAUGUAUCAGUGGCACACCGGCUUGUUCAUUGUGUUCAACUUGAGACUUUGCUGUCCCGCGUUUAUUUAUAUCCUUCACCUGGUACCGAAAUUAACCAUUUUUUUUUCAUUUUUAGAUCUCUGGGUGUUGUUGUUGUUUGUUUGUUAUUUCUUAGUUGCCUGUGCUGUUCUUAUCUGUAGUUACCCCUGUACUCUUGAGCAUAUGCAGCUGGAUCUGGUUCGCUUGAAUUUCAAGAAAUUGCGUACAAUUUAGUGACGCAACAUUUGUUGCUGGUUACUAUUUGCAAGCAUAAUAUUUUCUUGAUUUAAGACCUUCCUUCACACUGUCUUUGAAAGAAGACUGGCUCUGGAGCAUGCAUGAUGCCUGGAGUUUGCAAUGAGUUUAGAAACGA